CUAGGUAUAAAUUCACUUGGAGCAAUUUGGAGGAAAGUAAAAAUUGGGCCUUUAACUACUGUGGACUUGCUAAAUAUUCUAAUUGCCUGGUAUCAAGAGUUGGAGUCUCUUGCAGAAAAACUCGUAGAAACCUUUGAAAGAGUCAACCAGCUUACUACAGUUCAAUCUGGAAUAGUUGCUUCUUCAAAUUGUCAUGGAAGAUUCUCAUUAAGAGAUCUUCUCAAAUGGUGCAAGAGGAUUUCGGGCUUGGGCUUUUCCUUUCAUUGGGAUGAGCUUUCAGCUUAUGCACGCGAUAAUAUCUAUAAAGAGGCUAUAGAUAUUUUUGCAUCCUUCUCAACCUCCGCUGAAAAUCGCUUAGCUAUAAUGAAGGAGAUUGCAAAGUUGUGGUCAGUUUCAACUGCAGAAACAUUAUAUCCUGCUAACAGACCCAUUAUUCAGGAAUUGCGCUCUAAUUUCCGAAUUGGACGUGUUACCCUUCAAAGCACUGAAGUUGCUGCUAGUUUGCAUUCUCAGAAGAAGCCCUUUGUUGAGAUCCGUAGUUCUGUACAUCUUCUGGAGAAAAUAGCUUGCUCUGUUAUGUAUAAUGAGCCGGUUCUCUUGGUUGGUGAGACUGGUACUGGAAAGACCACACUUGUACAGAGUCUUGCCACGAGGCUUGGUCAGACACUUACAGUUUUGAACUUGAGUCAGCAAAGUGAUGUUGCAGAUUUGCUAGGAGGGUUCAAACCUAUGGAUGCCCGGUUUGUAUGUGUUCCUUUGUAUAAGGAGUUUGAGAACCUUUUUACUAUUACAUUUUCCUCCAAGGAUAAUGAAGUUUUUCUCACUUCUUUAAGGAGACUUAUGACUAAAAAGAAAUGGAAAAUGCUAUUAAGUGGCUUCCAGAAGGGUGUCCGGAAGAUGGUUGAAAUAGGAAUUUCCAGUUCUGGUAAGAAGCGGAAGAGACCUUUGAAUGAAGAACUUUUAAAAGCUUGGGAGAAUUUUUCAGUGAAGCUUGAAAGAGCUUGUACACAAGUCAAUGCAUCGGAUGGAAUGGUAUUUUCAUUUGUAGAAGGAGCCUUCAUUUCUGCCCUUAAGAAUGGUGAAUGGAUAUUGCUGGAUGAAGUAAAUUUGGCUCCUCCAGAGAUCUUGCAGCGAGUUAUUGGGGUCCUUGAAGAAGAGAAAGGAUCACUAUGUUUAGUUGAGAGGGGUGAUAUUGAUUAUGUGUAUAGGCAUCCCAACUUCCGUAUAUUUGCUUGCAUGAAUCCUGCAACUGAUGCUGGUAAAAGAGACUUGCCAUUUUCGUUAAGGAGUAGAUUCACAGAAUACUUUGUUGAUGAUGUGUUGGAUGAUGAAGAAUUGGUUUUGUUUGUUAAUCAAUUUAUGGCAGAUGACCAUUCAGAUAGAGAGUUGGUUAGUAAAAUUGUGCAUUUUUAUAAAGCAGCAAAAAAGGAAUCUGAUGAAACUCUGCAGGAUGGGGCUAACCAGAGGCCUCAGUACAGUUUAAGGUCUCUCUAUCGUGCACUGGAAUACACUAAAAAGGCACAAAGGUGUUUUGGGUUUGAGAAAUCCCUUUAUGAUGGCUUCUGUAUGUUUUUUCUGACUUUAUUGGACAAACCUAGUGCUAAGUUGAUGCGCAGUUUAAUAUCGUCAAGUUUGUUUGGACGGAAUAUACCUCAAGAAGUCUCAUAUAAAUCGUACUUGAAAGCUAAAGGAUCUGAUGAAGAGUAUGUUUUAACAAGUAGUGUUGAGAAGCAUCUGGAAAAUGUGGCUCGUGCCAUUUUUAUUAGAAGAUAUCCAGUCCUUCUACAGGGACCCACGUCUAGUGGAAAGACUAGCCUUGUUAAGUAUCUUGCUACGAUAACUGGUCAUCAAUUUGUUCGAAUAAAUAAUCAUGACCAUACCGAUCUACAAGAGUACCUAGGUUCUUAUAUUACCGAUGCAAGUGGAAAGCUUGUUUUCCAUGAGGGUGCCUUGGUUAAGGCUGUUCGAAAUGGUUAUUGGAUUGUUCUCGAUGAGCUCAACUUGGCUCCUUCUGAUGUGCUUGAAGCAUUGAACAGGUUGCUAGAUGACAACAGGGAACUUUUUGUUCCUGAACUGCGUGAAGUUAUUCGCGUGCAUCCAGAUUUUAUGCUGUUUGCGACUCAAAAUCCACCCACCAUCUAUGGAGGGCGCAAAAUGCUUUCGCGAGCAUUCCGCAACCGUUUUGUAGAGAUUCAUGUUGAUGAAAUUCCACAAGAGGAGUUGAGCACAAUAUUGGAGAAAAGGUGCAAAAUUCCAAAAAGCUAUGCCAAAAAAAUGGUUGAUGUCAUGAAGGAGUUGCAAUUUCACAGGCAGAGUAGUAAAGUUUUUGCUGGAAAACACGGGUUCAUUACCCCCCGUGACUUGUUCCGAUGGGCUGAUCGUUUCAGGACAUUCGGAAGAUCCUAUGAAGAUCUAGCACGAGAUGGUUAUUACCUAAUGGCGGAGAGGCUGCGAGAUGAUGAUGAAAAAAAAACUGUUCAAGAUGUUCUGGAGAGGCAUCUGCGAGUCAAGCUUACUGUGGAUGACUUGUACGUGCAGGAGCCUGAUGGCAGAGACAUAGCUUUGACUGGUGGAAAAUAUUCUGGAGAAUCUAAAGAUAUUGAGAAAAUUAUUUGGACAAGAAGUAUGUGGAGGAUGUACUUUCUAGUCGAGCGAUGUUAUAGGAUGCGUGAACCUGUUCUCCUUGUUGGUGAAACUGGAGGAGGGAAAACGACUGUUGCUCAGUUGUUUAGUAUCGUUUUGAGUUCCAAAUUACACAUUUUGAAUUGCCAUCAGUACACAGAAAGUUCAGACUUUCUUGGGGGUUUCUAUCCAGUACGUGAGAGAUCAAGAAUUACUGCAGACUUCCAAGAUCUGUGUGAGAAGUUGUUGCAGUCGAAGGCUUUCAACCUCUUCCCUGGAGAUGCUACAAUUUCGACGGAUAUUAAUCAGGCUUCUCUUACUCUAAAUAAAAUUUCUGUAAUCAUCAAUAGUUACAGACAAGGUCCAGUCUUGCAUCCUGAUGUCUCUGCACUAGACCUUGAUUAUAUUGAACGAGUAACUAUGGAGUUAGCUCUACUUCUUCAGAAGUGGCAGACCAUUUUCAUGUGGCAAGAUGGUCCUCUUGUUGAAGCGAUGAAGAACGGUGAUUUGUUUCUUGUGGAUGAGAUUUCUUUAGCUGAUGACAGUGUACUUGAGAGAUUAAACAGUGUUUUGGAACCGGAAAGGAAACUGUCUUUGGCUGAGAAAGGUGGGUCUGAUCUUGAGAGUAUAAUUGCUCACCCAAACUUUUUCCUCCUUGCUACAAUGAAUCCUGGUGGAGAUUAUGGUAAGAAGGAACUAUCACCUGCCCUUCGGAAUAGGUUUACAGAGAUAUGGGUUCCUUCAGUUAGUGACACAGACGAGCUCAAAAGUAUUGCUCUGGAGAGGAUUUUAAACCCACAAAUUGCUGGUGUUGUGGAUCCCAUGCUUAAUUUCUGGGAGUGGUUCAACCAUUUACAAACAGGAAUAAUACUUACAGUACGAGACCUCUUGUCUUGGGUAUCAUUUAUCAAUGCAACGGAGGGAAGUUUACAAGCUGAACUUGCAUUUCUACAUGGGGCAUUCCUUGUGUUACUAGAUGGACUUAGUUUAGGUACAAAUAUACCAAAAAGCGAUGCAACAGAGUUAAGGAUGAAAUGCCUUACUUUUCUUCUGGAAACACUGAAGGAGUACAAUCAUACACUCGAUUUCUCCAAAUUUUCCACUUUAGAAUCUUAUGGUUGGGCUAAUCUUGGAAGUUCAACAGUCUCGAUAUCUGCUGACAGCAUGCAGCUUGAUGACCACUUUGGAAUUCAUCCUUUCUAUAUUGAAAGAGGUGCUGAGACUAUUGAUGCUAAAGGAUUUGAAUUCCUUGCACCAACCACCUGUAGAAAUGCAUUGCGGGUGCUGCGUGCUAUGCAGCUUUCAAAGCCUGUUCUGUUGGAAGGAAGUCCGGGUGUUGGGAAAACAAGUUUAAUUGUUGCCCUUGGAAAAUAUUCUGGGCACACCGUUGUUCGAAUCAACCUAUCAGAACAGACCGACAUAAUGGACUUACUGGGAUCAGAUUUGCCAGUCGAGAGUGAUGAAGGAAUACAGUUUGCAUGGUCUGAUGGAAUCCUACUUCAGGCCUUAAAGAAGGGAUCAUGGGUUCUGCUGGAUGAACUUAAUCUUGCUCCACAAUCUGUCUUGGAGGGUUUGAACGCUAUAUUGGACCAUCGAGCUGAGGUUUUCAUUCCUGAAUUGGGUCGUUCUUUUAAGUGUCCAACAUCUUUUAGGGUUUUUGCUUGUCAGAAUCCUUCUUAUCAGGGAGGAGGCCGGAAAGGCCUUCCGAAGUCUUUUCUCAACCGGUUCACUAAGGUUUACGUUGAUGAGCUAGUCGAGGAGGAUUAUCUUUCCAUAUGUAGUUCACUUUAUCCAUCAAUACCAAGAGCCAUUCUUCUGAAAUUGGUAUUAUUCAAUAGAAGAUUACAUGAAGACACGAUGGUGUACCACAAGUUUGGUCAAGAUGGGUCCCCAUGGGAGUUUAAUCUGCGAGAUGUGAUCCGUUCAUGUCAAAUCAUACAGGGUGCUCCGGAAAAAUCAAAACUUGAUUGUUUUUUAAGCACUGUUUACCUGCAAAGAAUGCGCACACCAUCUGAUAGAAGAGAAGUCAUGAAGUUAUAUGAACAGGUUUUUGGACUGAAGUCAUUUAUAAAUCCGCAACCAAGAGUUCAGCUUAAUCCUUGUUACUUAACCAUAGGAAACAUAUCAAUUGAGAGGAAUCGCUAUCAACCUUCUGGAGUAUUUUAUAAUGAGCUUAAAAUUUUGCCCAGCAUACGUAAUAGCUUGGAAGCUGUAACACAAUGUGUAAAGCAUAAUUGGUUAUGCAUAUUAGUUGGCCCACCAUCUGCUGGUAAAACUUCAUUGAUUAGAUUACUCGCUCAGGUCACAGGGAAUGUGCUGAACGAAUUAAAUCUUUCUUCUGCAACUGAUAUAUCUGAACUGCUUGGAUGCUUUGAGCAACACAAUGCCUUCCGUGACUUUCGACUUGCCAUUGCUCGAGUUGAAAGCUAUAUAAAUGAGUAUUGCAGCUUACAGUUGGAAUCUUCCCUUGAGGUAUUUUUUCGAAGAAAGGAUCUGAUUACACGGUGGCUUGCUUUCUUAUCAAAUAUUGAAUAUGGUCCUUCUGCUGGGUCUAUGGCAACAGACUCUGAGAAUCAAAGGAUGAGAUACUUUGAGUCAAUCCCUAUGUUAGUUGAGAUUAUUGAAAUUUUAAGUUCGGAUCAAGAGAUAUAUAGACUGUGUGUUUCGUGGUCUCAGAAGAAUCUGGAGAGUACUCUUAAUAAAAUUAAAAAGUUGGAGGAAGAUUACCGGAGGAGGAGAUAUUCUGUGAAGUUUGAAUGGGUAACUGGAUUACUUAUAAAGGCUAUAGAGAAUGGGGAAUGGAUUGUUCUGGAGAAUGCAAACCUUUGCAACCCAACGGUUCUUGAUAGGAUUAACUCCUUGGUCGAGCAAUCUGGAUCAAUCACCAUUAAUGAGUGUGGGGCUGUGGAAGGUAAGCCAGUGGUUCUUCAUCCCCAUCCUCAAUUUAGGAUGUUCCUCACAGUUAAUCCUAGCUAUGGUGAAGUUUCCCGAGCAAUGCGGAAUAGAGGGGUAGAAAUAUAUGUAAUGCAAAAUUGGUUGCUCAACGAGAAAUGCAGUGAAAAUCUGGAUGAGAUUGAAUUCAAAGAUGUGAAAAGAUUUAUUACCCUCUCUGGAAUCCCAGUUGGUAAGUUGGUUGAUAUGAUGGCCAAAGCCCACAUUUUUGCUAAGCAUGAAGGAGUCCAUCUCAAUGUAAGCAUUACAUAUCUGGAACUUGCACGCUGGGUACAGCUAUUCAAGAGGCUUGUCACAAAUGGAAAUCAACCCACAUGGAGCCUCCAAAUUAGUUGGGAGCAUACAUAUCUUUCAUCCCUCGGUGAGGGAGAAGGAAAAGAUAUUGUUGCUCAAGCAACUAUUUCUUAUUUAUCAAUGUCGGAACUUGGAAGAUUUCCUUCUCCUCAAGAUGGCUUGUUAUGUUUGCCUGGAGGAUGGCCAAUACCCUUGGAAUUGAGGGAUUUUGUGUUUUACUCAAAAGAGGCUAGUGUGAGACAAAAUUGUAUGCUUUUGGAGUCCUUGGGAGCUCAGUUUGCAUGUCAAUCAUUUGGAAGUAGCUCGAGCGGUUUUGCUAGAGGCACUGCAACUAUUUACCUCAUGGAAGUUAGGUUGCUACAUUCCACUAUGUUUCCUAAGGCUUCAAAUGAUAUGCUCUCAAACUGUGGCAUGCAAAAUGACUAUGACUUGGAAUUAGCCAAGAAAAAGCUGUUCUUUGCUGCUAAUUGGGCAUUUGAGCAGGCCACUGAAAGCGAUUACUGCCUUUAUCUUUACUGGUUUGAGUGGCUUGGUUCUCAAUUACAGCCAUUUGGUUCAUUUUUCAAUUGGUUUUCCGGCUUACUAAAAAAGGAAAUCGAACAUCCUAUUUGGAAUCAGAUACUUCAUUCAUGUAGAAAGCUUAUGUCUUUAAGUUCAACUGAGAGAGAUGUCAUGUCUUUACCCAUACUUUCCAUGGAAUUGGUUGAUGCAACUGCAUCUGUUGAUAUGUUGAGUUCCUGUCGCCGACUUCUAAUCAACUCGAUUAAGUGUAUUCCCCUACUGAGACUUAGCUUUCAGCAAUGGAGUCAUGAGAAUGAGUUUAGCUUUCAGCAAUGGAGUCAUGAGAAUGAGUACAGCUGUGGUAUCAGAACUCAACGUUUUGAACACGUUUUAAGUUCGCUACGAAGGGUGGAAGAGAAAGUGCUUGAAUUGAUUGCCGAGUCAUCUACUUUUGAUGUGCUUUUUCAAUCAUACAGUGACCUUCUUGAGCAUCAUAUACUCUUUUGGAAUUGUAUCACUUCAUCUCAGGUAGAAUGUUUUCUAGUUAUUUGGCGUUGUUUGAUGAAAGAUGCUGUGAAAUUGUGGGAAUUUUGCCCAAGAGAAGUAGAAAAUUUUCAGGAGAAAAUGAAGAAACUGCAAGGAACUUCAUACUUAUCUUUUCAUUCACAAAAGUCUCUGCUCUGGGCACAUGGUGGACACCCUUCUCUGCCUUCGUCGGCUGAGUUGUACGAGAAACAGAUUCAGCUUUCAAAACUUUGUGAAUUGGACUGGCCCAGAAAAAUGAAGUUUUGGAAGCUUGCUACAAGUGAUCCAGAUGAGAUGCCAAUUUAUGCUGCUUUGUCUUGCAAUUCGGAACUUCGCUUCCUUGCUGUGCAAGGUGUUUCUAUGUCAUCAUAUAUUAUUGGCAAAGCAGAUGAUGAGGAUUUCACUGUUCCACAGCAGUUGGAAGAAAUGUAUCAGAUGCUUUUGAGAAGAUUGGAUUUUGAGAAGAAUAAAUGUAAAGACAUUGCAGGAACUGCUCAACAAGCAUAUAUACAUACAGUUUCAUCUGUUUGUUGUGUCUUCUCUCCUGAUGUUUUAUGUAGAAGAUCUGGUGUAUACUGCUGGCUGGAAACAAUAAAUAUAACAGAUGAGAUUAGUUUUUUCCUUGAUUUGGGGCUACUCCAGCAUCUAACAAAGAUUACUCUGGUUAACACUGAAGAACAAAGUCACCAGGUUUUAUCUACUCUGUCUGGUCUUCUUGAAUCAACUUUGAACUUCUCAUUGAAUUUCUCAUCAAGGCCUCCAACUGACCUUAUACCUCAUCAAAAGAUUUUGUGGACCCUGGAUGCUUGGGAAUCAGGUCAUGCAGCAAAUGAAAAAAUAUCCAGUUUCAUUCUUGAGAUGUGGUUUAGGUGGCAUACAACACUGUGGGAACACUGCCCUCUUCUAGCAGAGCUAUUGGACCUCUACAAGCAUGAUGGCCUGCUGCCUCACAAGAUUUUUUUGCCUUUGAAAAUGGCAACGAUCGAUCAGUUGUUGCAAAGUAGAUUCUCUAUCAGAGAUUAUCCACUUCACAGCUUCAAGCUUAGAGUUGCUUCCCGUAGUCUCUGGCAAAGUUCUGAAAAUAUGAAUCAUGCACACGCUUUACUUCUUUCUGCUGCACGAUCUCUCUUCCAGCAGAUUGUUUAUGCGCAUGAAAAAUCUUACGAGGAUGUCAAAUUUGCUAAAAUCAAGUCUGCUUUCCACUCUUUCAAGGAAAUAAAGAAUACGCAGGAAACUAUAAAGGCCCUGGUUUCCCUUCUUGGGUCGUCAAACCACCCCAUAUUCACUUCCUUGAUUGAUACAUUUAUUGAGCCAUUGCUUGGUGAACUUUAUCCUGUAUGCUCAUCUACUGUAGACAUUGUGCGAAGACUCGGAUGUGCUUGGUUACGAAUUGGUGGUUUACGUUAUAAUCUUUUGACCUGCUGCGACGAUCUGGAUCCGACUCUAAAAUACUCAAUUAAGUAUUCUCAAUUGUUGGAAAAGAUUACUUCUCUUGAGAUCGAAAUUCAGGUAAGGGAAGAGUGUGUCCAUUUAGCAGGAAGUAUUGAGAAAGAUGCUAAUAGUUACAAAGUGAAGUUGUUGGAAAGUCUCAAUGCUGAGCAGAGAAGGCUUCGAAGAAAGAUUUCAUUCCGCUCUGAUCCAGGAAAAUACGGGGAGUUGAAGCGUGAGUGUGAUGAUUUCCGUGAGUUGGUUUCGAGUUUCAUUGGUUGGAUCAUGAAUGUUGAAAGCAUGGAUACAGGAGAGGUUACCGACCGAUUAAAAAAUUGGCAGGAGACUGCUUUGUGCUUUAUUGAGCACUUGUCGAAUGUGUACUCUUCAUAUGUUGAUGUCGUUCAACCUGUUCAAGUUGCGAUAUACGAAAUGAAAUUUGGCUUAUCACUGAUAAUUUCUAGUUUAUUGUACAAAAAGUAUCUUGAAGAGAUUGGAGAGCAAGAUAUGGAGAUGGUUCUGCACACAAUUUAUGCUUUUAUGAGAUUUCCUCGAGGCUGUGCAGCUAGAAGUGUUUCUGUCAAUCUUGAUAAUAAGCAGGCCAAACUGGUAUCCAGUGAUAUUGAAUUGCCAACAAGCAUUGGUGCUGUAAAUAUUAAUUUGCUAGAGAAAAUAAUUGGUUUCACAAAAAAUUCCGUAAACAAUGGAACGGUCUCGACCCUGCAACUUAGAAUUUCCAUGUAUCAGAAUGUUCUAUCUCAGAUCAAACAUUCUGUUGCCGACGCACGUUUUCUGGAUGAUGCUACCUUCAAGCUUUUGGAUGAGAUCUUUGAUAAGUUUGCUAGAGAGUGGAUGCAUAUGAAACUCAAAGUGAAAGCUAGAGAAGAUAACGAAGCACAAGAGUUCAAGUUCAAGGCACGUGCAUUUAAGAUCGAGACCAUUGUUGAAAUAGAUAUCUCAAACCUAGCAAGUUUGCUUCCAAAUGAAAGCUUCUCAGAAUGGCAAGAAAUGCUUUCCGAAGAACAUGUUGAAAAGACCAAAGCUGGCAAGGAGCAUGAAACUUUGGAGGAAGAUUGGGAUUCCACAGUGGAAUUCAAUUUGAAUGACUUGGUCCAGGUUCAUAAUCAGUUAUUUGGUUCACUGGACCUUGUUCGGAAUCCUGGAAGUAUUCAUGUGUCUGAUUUAGACAGAUUAUCUUCCUUCCUUGGCUCGUAUACUUUGGGAGUUCAAAUGAUUAAAGAUUUAGGUGGUUUAUUCUCCUCUAGUUUAGAUGCUAAGGUUACGCCAGAACACUUACUUCGCCUCUGUAUGGAGCAUGAUCACAAGUUUAAAUUGUCUCACAAAUCAGCUCACACUUACAAUUUUUAUCAGGAUCCAAACUCAUCCAUGAUGGUUAAAUUGGUGGAGCCUGUUACGAUUCUUAAGCACCGAAUUCUUGUGCUUUUGAACGAAUGGGAUGAUCAUCCUGCUCUUCAGAAAAUCUUGGAUGUAAUUGAAAUGAUAUUGGCUCUACCAUUGAACACUCCUCUCGCCAAGGUUCUCUCGGGGUUGCAGUUCCUUCUUAACCGGGUACAAAUUUUACAGGAAACUGUUGCAAAAUUCCCUCUCUCUGAUGAAUUGGACCCAAUUCUCAUGCUGGCGUCCUCGUGGCAUAAGUUGGAGUUCGAAUCUUGGCCUGCUUUGCUGGAUGAACUUCAGUUACAGUUUGAGAUGAAUGCUGCGAAGUUAUGGUUUCCAUUGUAUUCUGUUCUUCAACAUAGACGUGCUGCUGAUAUUGAUGAAUACAACCAAUCUACAAUUCAAAGCUUGGAAGAGUUUGUUCAGAUGUCCAGCAUUGGUGAAUUUAAAAAGCGUCUUCAACUGCUCCAUGCUUUCCAUGGACAAAUUAGUAAUGGUUUGAAGCGGGGGUCUUAUUCUAGCCCUCACCAUGCAGAGAAUGUGAAAGUUCUCUACAACACAUUUGGCUUCUAUGCGCAAUUCUUGCCACUAAUUCUGGAACGCAUCGAAGCUAGUAGAAGAAAUAUUGAGACCGAGUUGAAAGAUGUCCUUAAAUUGUGUCGCUGGGAUCGUGUUGAGAUCCACUGGACUGCAGAAACCUCUAAAAGAACCAGGCAGAAGCUGAAAAAGAUCAUACAAAAGUAUACUGAAAUAUUGCAACAACCUUUAAUGCAUUUCCUUGUUCAAGAGGCCUCACGAAGAGGCAUUACUACCCAAUCUAUUCAAGGCAUAAACCUCCUAAUUGAUCCCUAUGAGAAGAGCAGGAAUCUCCUUAGUACUGUCUGUUAUCAGGUUCAAUCCACUGAUAAGGACAGCUCUUUAUGGGUUACGGAAUGGUGCAAGAAUGUAGUAGUUGUUUUACAAAACUUUCACUUGGGUAGGAUAAGUGAAGUCGGCUUCCCAGAUAUUUCACUGAAGGAUAUGGAAGAGGUUAGGAAUGUCUUCAAGGAUGUACCAUCCCAAUCUUGCUAUUUAUAUGAAGAAAGAAAGCUGGUGCAGCAUGCAAUAGAGAAAAUAUGUACAAUGAUAAUUGAUUGUGUUGAACUUUGGGAAGACAAAGGUAAGAAUUUGAGGAAGAGGAGGGCUUUCUCGGACCUUCUAAAGCUCUUUGAUAGUUGUGGCUUGCUUAAGCACAGAGCAGUCAAGGAGGAUCAGUUCAACCAAUCGCAGCGUUGCCUCCUUCAGCCAUCCUAUGAUGUACAGCAUUUGUUGCUGACACAUGGUAGUCAGUCUUCUGGGGAUGCCAACAUUGCCAUUUCCAGCCAUUCUCAGAGCUCAUCCCAUCAACAAUUAGAAAUCAUAUGGAAAACAGCAAAUCAGUACUAUUUCAAGAGCAUUGCAUCUAUGCAAGCUCUGCAGCAAAUAUCCCUGAAUUUUCACAAGGAUUUUACUCUUGAACAGAUUAAACGAUCAGGUUCUUAUAUUGACCAUCUAGUGGAAAUUCAACAAGAACAACGGGCACUUGCUUAUGGUUUUGCCAAUCAACUCAAGUGUGUGAAGGAAUGCACAUGGCCUUUGUCAAACUUGUUCUCGGGCUCCAUUUCUUCAGAUGGUGGCACUAGUAGUGAUUUCUGUUUUACCCAAAACCAACAUGCCACUUUCAAAUGCAUGUGGCAACAGAAGCAACUUUUUGAUGGUUUUUACUCCAUGCUGUAUGAUGAACAUUUGUUGCUGCGAAUGGUUGAAGACAAUCACUUGAAAAAUUGUCUAAUUAUCAAAGAUGAAGUGCAAAAUAUCCAUAUGUUCAUUCAGAAGUUCUUUCCAGACUUUCAGAAAUCUAAGGAUUUGCUGGAUUGCUAUCUUCUUUGUGGUAAUAGAGAUAUAACUGCGGUAGGAGCUGUAUUGAAUCCUUAUGGCAUUACAAAAGAAAUGGAGCAGCUGGUAAAUCAGAACUUCCAGUUGAUUCAGAAAUUUGAGGAAAAUCUCUCUGCUUUCCAGAAGCAAGAUGGGAACAGAUUAGUCCAAGAAAUCCUGCUUGGGCAUUUUAGAGAUUUACUUGAGAAGGCUAACAUUACUGCCGAAGAGUUUUAUUCUUCUUUACAUGCAAGAAAUCUGUCUAAUAAUAUGGAUGGGGAUCCCAAUCGUCAUGAAGGGAAUAUGAUUGAAGUUGAAACUUGCUUUGGCAAUGCCCUCAAAGGAACAUACGAGCGUAUCCAUGAUUCGCUUCAGAGAGUUGGGUCACUGAAGUAUGACCAUGCUGUUUCUGCAGAUUCUUUAAAGAAUAUGAAUGAGUGGAAAAUUCGAUUUGAAAGAGAGAUAGAGAACCUGCAGUUGGUCAAUAUAUGUGAAGAUGUAGUGAAAACAAUUCAAUUUGCUAGACAACUUUUGAACUACUACGGAGAAAGGAACCCAAGUCUCUGUUCAUCUGUUGGUGAACAUUUAAGACAAUUGUAUUUCUUAUUGGAUUUGAUAAUGGCUUUUGGUGAUAAACUUCUGCAGGAUUUUGUAACCAUGCAUGGGGUGGUAUCCGAGCUAACUUAUGUUCUAGCAAAUGUGUUUGCUACAUUAUUUUCCAAAGGAUUUGGCACCAUUGAAGAUCAAUCAAAUGGUGAUGCGGAUGAUAUAACUCAAGAUGCACAUGGAACUGGCAUGGGUGAGGGUGCAGGACUGAAUGAUGUCAGUGAUCAGAUUACUGAUGAAGAUCAGCUCCUUGGCACAUCUGAAAAGCUUCUGCAGCCAAAUGAAGAUAAUAAUGAUACGAGCGAUGUUCCAAGUAAAAAUGAAAAAGGAAUAGAGAUGGAGCAGGACUUCAGUGCCAGUGCAUUUAGUGUUAGCGAGGACUCUGGAGAUGAUGAAAAUGAAGACACUGGGGAUGAGCAACUGGACUCUGCUAUGGGGGAAACUGGCUUGGAAAGCGAGAUAGUCGACGAGAAAACUGGGCACCCAGGUGAUGAUGAAAAUCCAAAUAACUUGAAUGAGAAGUACGAAACUGGGCCUUCUGUGAAAGACACAGCUUCUAAUGAUAAAGAACUUCGAGCCAGGGAAGAUUCUGCUGGUAAUGAUGAUGAUGAUGCUGGAGGUCUUAAUCCUAACGAAUCUACUGAAAAGAUUGAUGCAAAUGGAAAAGAAGAGGGUCCUGAUGAUAUAGAAGAUAUGCAUGUGGACGAAGAUGUUGCAUUUUUAGAUCCUACGGGGCUGAAUCUUGAAUAUCAAAAUCCAGUGCCUGAGGAAGAUAUACAUAGGGAUGAUAUGGAUGUAACUGAAGCCAUGAAAGACGGUGAACCUGAAGAUUUCGAAGGUUCUGACCCUGAUAAUAAUGAGAAAGACAAUUUAAUGGAUGAAAACUUGGAUGAGGCAGAAUCUGAGCAGUUGGGAGAGAUUGCUGAAAAAGUCAAUGGCCAAGAAAGUAACAAAGAGAUGGACUUCGAAACCCCUAAGAAAGACGUGCUGCAAUCAACGACUUCUGAUUUUGUUAGGGACAAUAUUCCAAAUGCUCAGUCUGCACAAGAACCUAAAGAAGACUCUGAUGCAGUAGAUCAGGGAGACGUUGCACCAGAUGCAAAAUGGUCUAACUUCAGUGAGGUUGAAAAUGAUCUCGCUUCAAGGAGUGGCUUUCCUAAUGCCUCUGAGAUCGAAAUGAGGGUUAUUGACUCUGUGGAAGGCAAAAAACUGAGCCACGAUCAAUCUCAAUCUAAAAUGCCGACUUUUGAGUCGCUUCAAAGAAAUCAGCCGAACCCUUUUCGUAAUGUUGGGGAUGCACUUGAUGGAUGGAAAGAGAGAGUUAAAGUCUCUGUUGACUUAGAGGACGAGAAGGACGGUCCAGAGGAUUUGGCGGAUGAGACAGCUGAUGAAUAUGGAUAUACCGCUGAGUUUGAGAAGGGUACAUCUCAAGCGCUUGGCCCUGCAACAGCAGACCAGAUUGAUAAAGAUAUGAAUCGAAGUGAUCUAGAAAGGGAUAUUGGAACUGCAGACUUAAAAGACCCCACUACUGAAAUGGAAAUCGAAAUGCAGCCUUCCGAUGCACGCCCUGUUAGAACGGCAGCUUUGAAUCCUGAAAAUUCUGUAAAAAAUCAAUUGGAGAUGUCAGAAUCAGACCAUCCACUUAGAGAAUCCACAGAAGUCAAUGAUGAUCGUGAGAUAAAUAACUCAUCUGAAAGUACAGUGUCUGUAAGGAGGUCAUACAUGACUGAAGAUGUAAAUCAACUAAGCAAGCUUUCAAUGAAGGAUAAUGAACUGGGUAAAGCCCAUGGCUUCGAGAUGUCUGCUGACAUGAGAGAUGAUGCAGCUGCUCUUUGGAGAAGUUAUGAAUUGCUAACAUCAAGGUUGUCUCAAGAGCUUGCUGAACAGUUGCGUCUGGUAAUGGAACCAACUUUAGCAAGCAAGCUGCAAGGAGAUUACAAAACUGGCAAAAGGAUUAACAUGAAGAAGGUGAUUCGAUUUUUUGCAAGUCAUUUUCGGGAAGACAAGAUAUGGCUAAGGCGGACACGGCCAAAUAAACGUGAUUAUCAAGUAGUUAUUGCUGUGGAUGAUUCCCGCAGCAUGUCAGAAAGCCGUUGUGGAGGUGUUGCUAUUGAAGCUUUAGUGACAGUCUGUCGUGCAAUGUCUCAAUUGGAAGUGGGAGUUUUGGCUGUUGCGAGUUUUGGACAGAAGGGUAACAUUAGAUUACUUCAUGAUUUCGAUCAGCCUUUCACUGGUGAGGCGGGAAUUAAGAUGAUCUCGAGUUUGACAUUUAAACAAGAGAAUACUAUCGUAGAUGACCCAAUGGUUGAUCUAUUGAGAUAUUUGAACAACAUGCUGGAUACUGCAGUAAUGAACUCACGACUACCAUCUGGAUAUAAUCCUCUACAGCAGCUUGUUCUGAUCAUAUCUGAUGGUCGUUUCCAUCAGAAGGAACAUGUAAAACGAUGCGUGAGAGAUGUCUUGAGUAAAAAGCGUAUGGUUGCAUUCAUCUUGAUCGAUAGUCCACAUGAGCCAAUUAUGGACCUCAAGGAAGUAACGUUUUCGCAUGGAGAGUUUUCGAAGGGAAAUAUCAAGUUCUCAAAAUAUCUUGAUUCGUUCCCAUUCCCGUUUUAUGUUGUACUGAAGAACAUUGAAGCACUCCCAAGGACACUUGCUGAUCUUUUGAGACAAUGGUUUGAGCUAAUGCAAAACUCGAGGGACUGAAGUGUAUAUCGGACUUUUUCGGCGAGGCAUUUUCGACUAAGGACCGUUCCUCAGAAUGUGAUGUUUAUAUAUGUUUUGAGCCAUAUCUUUAAUAUAAUUUAGCGUAGGGGCAAAAUGUAUAGAAUUUUAUUAAUUAUAAACCUUACUGUGUAAAUUCAAAAAUGUUUCUGAUUAAUUUAAGUUUUUUAAA